GGACAGCAAAAACAAGGACUAACGUCUGAAACGCUUUCUCGCUCCUCUGCAGCCCCACCCUGUCCUAUCCGACAGGUGAGUCCCAACUGAUCACUGAAACCCUGCCAUGAAUUUUUUAAAGGAGCAACAUUUGUAUUUUUGUCCUUUCCUGCUGGAAAACAACGCUCAGACGCUGCGUUUACAGUCAACACGGUGUCAACAUGUUGGAGCGUGUCGCUGCUAAGGACAGACGAAGCCAGGAAAUGGUGUAUAAUGAGCAACUUGGGAACAAGAGAUGGUUGUCACGGCGUCACUGCUUCUUCUUUAUUCUGGUUCUGGCAGCUGUGCUUUUCUUCAACUGCACAAACAAAAAGGACAUGGUGCUGGAGUGGAACCCUAAACAAUGGAUACAAAACCAUUCAACAAACCUAUUCUUUCCUUUUGUAAAACAAAAUGUUGCCAUAAACAUCACAGAUGGACCAGCAGCUAAGGCGUCAGCUCUUUCAGAUAUUGCUGGCUUUACAACUGAAGCUGCCUCAACUGCACUUCCUCAAACUCUGAAUAUUUCAUCAACACGUGAGCUAAUGAUCAAGAACAAGACUACGGUUACCAUAGAGAUGAUUCAACAGGGGCUACACCAAUUGUUUCCCACACCGGUUCCUUAUGUAUCUCCUGGACUAUACUUAGUAGAAUAUCCUCACGAGUAUCACUUUACAAUAAACGAACCACAGAAAUGUGAGCAGGGGAAGCCGUUUGUCGUUCUGAUGGUUCCAGUAGCGCCACGGAACAGAGCUCACCGUGACAUCAUUCGCCGCACUUGGGGAAGUGAAAACCUCGUUCUGGAUCAAGUGGUGAAGCUGUUCUUUCUGCUGGGGAUGCAAACAGGAGAAGAUGCCCAGCAGGUCCACGAGCAGCUGCUGCAGGAAAGCAAAGAGCACCAAGAUCUGAUUCAGAGUGACUUUGUGGACUGCUACAAGAAUCUGACCAUCAAGACCAUGGUGAUGCUGGAGUGGCUGAACGUGCACUGCUCCGCUGCUUCGUACGCCAUGAAGAUCGACUCGGACACGUUUCUAAAUGUGCCCAAUCUGAUCAAAAUGCUCUUACAUGCUCCAAAGACAAAUUACAUGUCUGGCCUUGUGGCGUAUGGAGGUGCCGUCUUGAGGGAUCCACAAUCGAAGUGGUACGUGCCGUAUGAGAUUUUACCUGAGUCAGUGUACCCCCCCUACGCUUUGGGUCUGGGCUACAUUUUAUCUCUGGACCUCACAGCAAAGCUCAUUGAAGCAUCCAGACAUGUAAAAGCUCUUUAUAUAGAAGAUGCAUAUUUGGGGUUGUGCAUGCGUCACUUGGGUAUCCCUCCCACUAACCCCCCUGACUAUGCUUACUUCAAUGUGUUUCCAGUGGCCUACAGUCCCUGUGGGUACUCCAAGAUAAUCGUCACCACAACAGACUCAUCUAUUGAUCGUGUGUGGCUGUGGACAAACUACAAAAGACAGGUUGAAUACUGCUAAUCACAAAACUUCAAUUUACAUUAUCCUUUUUAUAAAAAAUAUCCAAGACACUCUGAUUUGAAGACAAAAAUAAACCCAUUCCUAUACAAAGCAGUGAUUUCCUGUUUGCUGCAGUCAGUUAGUGAAG